GCGCAGAACCUAUCUUGGGUUUUACAUAGAACCCACGAAACCCAAAUCUGGGUUCUGCACAGAACCCAAGUUGCCAGGUUCCAGCAGGAAAAUGGCAUGAGAAAAUCUGAAAACACAGAAAUUCUCUGAAAAUGUCAUCAUCUCAUCUCUGUUUUCUUAUUCUUUACUGCUUCGCAUUUCAUUUUGCCAUCUCAUCUUCAUCCGCUACCAUUCCCCCAGGCUCCACUCUCUACGCUUCGAACCGAAACCAAACCUGGUCUUCACCCAGCUCCACUUUCUCCCUUCAUUUCAUCCCCAGCGGUGUCAAUUCUUUCGCUGCGGUGAUAACCCACUUGACCGGAGUCACUGUGUGGUCUGUUGGCGGUGGGAAUGGAACUCGGGCGGUGGUUGAUUCUGGCGGGGCACUUCAUUUACUCCCUACCGGAGUCCUCCGCCUCACCAAUGGCUCUGGUACCACAGUUUGGGACUCCGGUACUGCUAAUCAUGGAGUGUCCCAUGCGGCUCUGGACGAUUCCGGGAACUUGUUGCUAUUGAGCAAUUCCGGCUUGCCUGUCUGGUCCUCGUUUGAAUACCCGACGGAUACCAUCGUUCCGUCACAGAAUUUCACUUCCAGUAAGAAUUUACGUUCUGGGUCUUACUCUUUUUCUCUUCUUAGCUCGGGAAAUCUUACUUUAAAAUGGAAAGACAGGAUUGAGUACUGGAGUCAAGGGUUUAAUUCAUCCAUUGCUGUGAAUUUGACUUCACCUAGAUUGGUAUUGCAAUCUAAUGGGAUUUUGAUGAGCUAUGAUUCUUCCGUUCCUGGUGGAGUGAUUACUGCUUACAGUACUGAUUAUGGUGAAGGGGAUAACGUAUUUAGGUUUCUGAGAUUGGAUAGUGAUGGCAACCUAAGGAUUUACAGUGCCACCAGUGAGAAUAAUGGGACUGUAAGUUGGGCUGCUGUUCUUGACCAAUGUCUGGUUUUUGGGUAUUGUGGCAACCUGGGGAUUUGUAGUUAUAUAAAUGAAAAUCCGAUUUGCAGUUGUCCAUCUCAGAAUUUUGAGCCUGUUGAUGUGAAUGAUGGUAGAAAAGGGUGUAAAAGAAAAGCUGAGCUUGAGGAUUGCCAAGAGAAUGUUACCACGUUAGAAUUGGGACAUACCAAGUUCCUGACAUAUCCGCCGGAGGUUUCCUCGCAAAAUGUUGUUAUUGUUGGGAUUGAAGCCUGUAGAUCUAAUUGUCUUGUGAGUCUUUCUUGUGUUGCUUCCACUUCCUUGGCUGAUGGAACAGGCAGUUGUUACAUGAAAAUGUCAGAUUUUGUUACAGGGUAUCAGAGUCCUUCCCUUCCCAGCUCGUCAUUCAUGAAGGUUUGUGGACCAGUAUUGCCAAAUCCGUUGCCUGUGCUGGAGAAUGCAGGGAAGGGUAGAACUUGGAAAUCAGAUAGAUGGAUUAUUUGUGCUUUGGUUGCCGCGGCCUUCUUGAUUUUUGCUGCAUUUUGGAGUGGUUUUUGGUGGUACUCUUACAAACAUGGUUCCAAAUUUGGGAGUUUGCAAGCAAAAUAUGCUCUUCUGGAAUAUGCAUCUAGUGCACCUACGCGGUUUUCUUACAAGGAGCUGCAACAAUCGACAAAGGGAUUUGGAGAGGUGCUUGGAGCAGGAGGUUUCGGGAUGGUCUAUAAAGGAAUUCUUCCUAAUAAAAUGCCUGUUGCUGUCAAACGACUGGAGGGAAUUGAGCAGGGUGAGAAGCAGUUCAGGAUGGAAGUGGCAACCAUUAGUAGCACACAUCAUCUGAACUUGGUUAGAUUGAUAGGUUUUUGUGCUGAUGGGCGUCAUAGGCUCUUAGUUUAUGAGUUCAUGAAAAAUGGUUCUCUUGAUAAUCUUCUGUUCACCCCAGAUGACCAAUCAAGGAAAUUACUGAAUUGGGAGCAGCGGUUCAACAUUGCUCUCGGGACAGCCAGAGGGAUCACUUACCUACAUGAGGAGUGUAGAGACUGCAUUGUUCACUGCGAUGUGAAACCAGAAAAUAUCCUCCUAGAUGAAUGCUACAAUGCUAAAGUGUCAGAUUUUGGCCUUGCGAAGCUUAUAAAUCCAAAGGAUCAUCGGCACUUGACAUUAACAAGUAUUAGAGGGACAAGAGGGUAUUUGGCUCCGGAGUGGCUUGCUAAUCUUCCAAUUACAACCAAGUCUGAUGUAUAUAGUUACGGAAUGGUUUUGCUAGAGAUAGUGAGUGGGAGGAGGAAUUUUGAUGUCUCAGCUGAAACAAACCACAGAAGAUUUUCUCUUUGGGCUUACGAAGAGUUUGAGAAGGGAAAUAUCAUGGGAAUUAUGGACAAAAAACUUUCCAAUCUGGAUGUCGAUAUUGAGCAAGUGAUGAGGGCUAUGAAGGUGACAUUUUGGUGCAUCCAAGAGCAACCAUCUCAGAGGCCAUCAAUGGGAAAAGUGGUGCAAAUGCUUGAGGGAGUACUGGAGAUUGAGAUGCCAACUUUGCGAACUGUUGUGGCUGAGGGACUGGUGAAUGAAAAAAGCAUGACUUUGAACAGUGAUGCCACUACUCUCUCGACCUUUACUUCUUCAGCCCCAGCUCCAUCUCUAUCUUCCUCAUUCCAAAUCGCUGCCACUUCACCCUUAGCUUCAGGGAGGAACAUGGAGAGGGAUUCUUCUUCACUGUUAAGAUCACAGGGAAUAGAAGCUCAGACAUAAACGUCCCACAGAAGCUGUCCUUGAAGACAAUAAGCAGUACUAAGUUUUUCUGAGUUAGAUCAUAAGCUUUUCUUUUUCUGGUAAGAUCAUAGUACCUUAGCUGAUAUUUAUAUAUCUUGUAGCAAUAAUUUCAGUUGAUCACUAGAGUAUUAUGGCAAUUCUGAUUCUUAAUCAAUGAAUUUGAUUGUGUUUGGUGUUUUGUAAUGGUAGCUGAAGAUGGAGGUUUUGUCAUUUGUGGUUCUCCUGGUCUAUUAGAGAGAAUUGGAGAUUUUUUUUUUUUUUUAAUUUUCUUUCAGUAAACAAAAUUAUAACCU